CGACCUCGGGGCCAGGCUGGGCACUGCGCGCCAGGGGAGGCCGCACCGAGGUCCUAGCCGGGAAAUCUCUGGGCCCUCGUGCCCGCGGGGGCAACGCAGACCGAGGGCACCGCGCACCCAUGGGCACCUGUCCGCGCUUAGGUAGCCGCGCGGCGAGCGCACUGAAGCCACCUGCUCACCACGCCCUGAUGUUUUGCGCAAUCUUCUGAGGUCGUUCUCAAUUCUCCCUACCGAUCGCCUGGGUCGAGGAAUUGAAGGAGGCCCAAGAAUUAGUGUAGUUUUGAUGUUGGGCAGACCGAAGCACAGAGGGCUUGUUAUUCGGGUCUCUGGCGGGGCAAGCUCUGCCCAUUAAGGGGUUCAGCUGUUGCAAAAAUAAUUGGUAAUAAUGUCAAGAAACUACAGAAGUUUGCCUCCACAGUCAAGAUGUGGGUCUUUGAGGAAACAGUGAAUGGGAGAAAACUGACAGACAUCAUAAAUAGUGACCAUGAAAAUGUCAAAUAUCUCCCUGGACACAAGCUGCCAGAAAAUGUGGUCGCCGUCUCCAAUCUCAGCGAGGCUGUGCAGGAUGCAGACCUGCUGGUGUUUGUCAUCCCCCACCAGUUCAUUCACAAAAUCUGCGAUGAGAUCACUGGCAGAGUACCCAAGAAAGCACUGGGGAUCACCCUCAUCAAGGGCAUAGACGAGGGCCCCGAGGGACUGAAACUCAUUUCUGACAUCAUCCGGGAGAAGAUGGGCAUUGACAUCAGUGUGCUGAUGGGCGCCAACAUUGCCAGCGAGGUGGCUGCGGAGAAGUUCUGUGAGACCACCAUUGGCAGCAAAGUCAUGGAGAACGGCCUUCUCUUCAAAGAACUUCUGCAAACCCCCAAUUUCCGAAUAACUGUGGUCGAUGAUGCAGACACGGUUGAACUUUGUGGUGCUCUUAAGAACAUUGUGGCCGUGGGAGCUGGGUUCUGCGAUGGCCUCCGCUGUGGAGACAACACCAAAGCCGCCGUCAUCCGCCUCGGCCUCAUGGAAAUGAUCGCUUUCGCCAGGAUCUUCUGCAAGGGCCAGGUGUCCACAGCCACCUUCCUGGAGAGCUGUGGGGUGGCUGACCUGAUAACCACCUGCUACGGAGGGCGGAACCGCAGGGUGGCAGAGGCAUUCGCCAGAACUGGGAAGACCAUUGAAGAAUUGGAGAAGGAGAUGCUGAAUGGGCAGAAGCUCCAAGGACCUCAGACUUCUGCUGAAGUAUACCGCAUCCUCAAACAGAAGGGACUCAUGGAUAAGUUUCCAUUGUUUACUGCCGUGUAUCAGAUCUGCUACGAAGGCCGACCUGUCUCAGAGAUGCUGUCCUGUCUCCAGAGCCAUCCAGAGCACAUCUAACGGGAAUCACAUAACGGGCUGGGGAAAGUCCUGCCUCUCCUAUCAGUCUAUUGGGUUCAUGUGGAAACCAACACUUGGCAACAAGAGAUUUGCCCAAUCGUGCUCCCAACACGGACAUGUAUGAAUUGUUACAGGUUCGUUUUUUAAUUACGAGAGGCAGUUCGUUGGCUCAACUGUACAGGGCAACAACUAAACACACAUGUGGGCAUGUGUGUUAACUUCUCAUUGUGUGGGUGUUUCUACUAAUCAAUAUUAUACAUCCUUUUUAAAGAUCACAUUUGAAAUUUCCCCACUGUGGUACUCUAUAAGAUUGGGACUAUCUCAGCUAAAUUUUUUAGGUGUACUUCAUAUGUAUUUGAGUGGAUGAAUUAUUUUUUUUCUCCUUCUUUUGAUGAUAAAUUUAACCAACAUUAAAAUGGUUGGUAGGAUGAGGAAGGGAAUGUGUUCAAAGAUCACCGUAUUUAACAUUUAAACACUAUCUCAAACCAGCAUAAUUAACUUACUUUGAUUGUGGGUUGGUGUUUUUUUUUGUUGUUUGUUUGUUUGUGUUUUACAAUUAGAUAACUUUCAAUUAGAUAAUCCACUUAUAUACUUCCCCUCAAGUCCCCCAGAUCCUCUGAGAGGGUGCUGCUAUUAUUCCUCUUGAAAGAUGCAGUUGCUAUACCUGGUCAUCUGGGUGUGUGGGAACAGAGCCAGGAAUGGAGUGCGCACUCUCUACCUGCCAACAUGUGGGACCUUUUAAGAUACUACUAGGCUUUUCUGGCCUCCGGCUACUUGGUUGUGGCAAGUGUCCCAUGCAACCUUUCCUGAGGUCACAGGAGGACAUCCUGACACUGAGAUGUGUGGGGGUCAGGGUCUUGAUGAUUGCCACACCAGGUGUGGUCCACGGUCGGGUAGGAUCUGCUUCACUCUUUGGAAUCCAGUUUCCCAGGCCCUGCCCUGGACCCCCGAGUGCUAUCUCUGCUUCAGUACACCUUCCGUGUGUUUCUGAUGCUCACUCUAAUUUGAGAACCACUACUUUCAAAAAUCUACUUCAUCCUGGCCUGUCACACAUUGUGUUCCACAGGAAGCAAGCAUCCUGGACUCCAGGGGUUGUUCCAGGAGUACAGGAGACCUGGGGGAAGCUGCACACGUCCAUCCCUCUUGAAGGUGUAGAAUGUAUGUUAGUGUCAGGGGAAGCUCUUUGCUUACCCCGGCGAGUCCCAAACACGGUGGGCUUAGGGAGAUGUUUUAGCAAAGGAAACUAGCCAAAGUUUCCAGGGAACACUGUUGUAGGCUGAGGUGACUUUAGGACAGCUCGAGUGGAUCCUUUGCUCUCUGCAAGCAAUGAGCAUGAAUAGCUACCUGUGGAAUUGUGAGUUCUGAACUUUUGCAGUUCAGGUCAGCCAUGAAUCUUUUAUGGAGCUUUAAGGUGACACUGUCGAAUACAACAAAGUCUACUUGUCAGCCUCGCUGAAACGCACAUUAUGUGGGAUAAGUGCUUUUAAUUUUAGAAUUAGAAUGGAAUGACUGUACCCCUCAAAAUGAGAUUGGUUUCGGAAUACCAUUCCACAGUUACCUUAUAUAGCAUUCCAUAAGUAUUAAAAGAACCUAUGAAUGUCAUUUAUAUAUUCAUGAAUUUUUAGUUACUUUGUGAGAUUUUUUUUUUUGCCCCACCCAACCCCAACCCUAGUUUGAGGGGUUAUUUUUCCCUUCUUUCUUUUGUUCUUCUAUAACUGAAAUGAUUGUAGAAUUGAUUUCCGUGGGAAUUCUAAAAGCUAUCUAAAACAUUUCUGGGGCCUUUUUCAGCCUCAUACACAGAAGUACAUGGAAGCACACACAGUGCUACAGGUUUCAGCAGUUUUAAUGCCGCUGUUAAAUCAAUUUUGGGGUCUCCUGAUAAAUCUUUUUUAAAGUUUGUACAUAGGUAACAAAGAGUUACUUUUUAAGAUAUAAAAAGGGCUGUAAGCUAAUUGUGGUGUCUACUAAGUAGGAUCAUGUGCUGGGAAGAUUUGGGAUUUUGUGUUUUCCCAUCUGCAUUCAGCCUCCUCUGGGUUUUGAACCUGAAUGUUUUUUCUUUCCAAAUCCCCUCUUACUGGAGCUGGGCAUUAUGGCACAUGCCUAUCAUCCCUGCGGCUUGGGAGGCUGAGGCAGGAGGAUCAUGAGUUCAAAGCCAGCCUCAGCACUUAGCAAGGCCCUAAGCAACUUAGCAAGACCCUAUCUCUAAAUAAAAUGUAUAAAAAGGGCUGGGGAUGUGGCUCAGUGGUUAAGUGCCUCUGGAUAUACUCCCUGGUACCAAAAAAAAAAAAAUCCCUUCUUACCGCUCUGAAUUCUGCUGACCAUACCUCUCGAACAUACUUAUGAUAAUCUGCACAUUAUGGGAAAAGGUAAAUUUUAUAUAAGUUUAUGCUCUGCUACUUAUAGAUAUUUAUUACUCUACGAGUCAUCUAUUUUUGUAACCACCUGUGGUCCGUCCUUUAUUUUAACUCACACUUCUUACCAAUGAUGGUGAUAGGGAGGGAGACACCGAGAUUAGGAAAGUUCAUUUGUACUAUUUCAGCCAAUCUGUGAAUGUAAAAACUACCCUGUGGCCUUGCUGUGGUCCACCCCACCUGGUGUGGAACAGAUGCCUGUCUUGACCCCCACCCUCGGGAUGGAGUGGAGCUCACUCUCUGGUUCUUUCCUCUCGCCCUUACCUGCAGCACAGCCCUGUGGGGUCGGCCUGCGGGGGGUGUUCUGGGGAGGUGCCAAUUGUGCAAAGGGAACUUGAGUUUUUCCACUGGUUCUGAUCUGCUGCCCAUUUACUUACACGUGGACUGUAUUUGUUUACAGACGGUAGGUGGAUGUAUGAUUUAAAGCUUGGUUUAAUAAACAUUUAACCCCUCCAAACUUGUGUUAUGGAUUCUGUUAUUCUUUUUUGUCAUCAAAGUUCAUAGAUUUAUGUAGGUCAGCUUUUUGCUAAAAUCAGAAUUUUGCUGCAUUAUCAAUAUUCAGGGUACUUUGAAGAAAGGCCUCAUCUCUGAUCUCAGUUUUCAUUGCUUGCUGAUUUUUGCUUGCUUGUUUGUUUGUUUGUUUGAAGCAGUGUCUCAGUAUGUUGCCUACACUUGCCUCAAAUUUGUGGGCUCAAGUUCUUCUCUUGCCUCAGUCUCCCAGGUAGCUGGGUUUACAGGCUUGCUGAUGUUUUUACAUAUUUACAGUUCUGGGCAGAGACCUUUUAGUUCUGGUUACACAGCGUAUGGAUGAACUUGAAAUUCUAUCCUCUCCACCCCAAAUACCUAGAAAAACUAGGAAGAUGUAACAAGUAUCUUUUUUUUUUUUUUGCAGGGGAGGUACUGGGGAUUGAACUCAGGGGCACUCAACCACUGAGCCACAUCCCCAGCCCUAUUUUGUAUUUUAUUUAGAGACAGGGUCUCACUGAGUAGUUUGGUGUCUCACUGUUGCUAAGGCUGGCUUUGAACUCACCAUCCUCCUGCCUCAGCCUCCUGAGCAGCUGAGAUUGCAAACAUGCCCCACCGCACCUGGCACAAGAAUCCUUUUAUACACAGGGCAAAUCUCACAAAAAUGUGAGGGAAGUUCAGGAACCUGAAGCAAACAAGGGCUAAUAGAGUCCUGAGGCUUGAGUUGCAGAUAGAUCUUCUGCUGACAAUGGAGCCCUCCAAAGGCCACGCUGCCAGCGGAGAAACGGACUAAGAAAACCCAGGUCUAGGCACAAAGAAGCUGAGCUUCAGGAGGAGAAAAAUAUUUCUGCUGAAGAAUUUUAAUCAGGGAUACAGCACAACAAUCAUGAUUGGGGUUUCAAUUUUUAAAACUAGGAAACCAUAAGCAAAAAAUUGCAUAGAAAUUAGAACUUGAGGGGCUGGGGUUGUGGCUCAAUGGUAGAGCACUCGUCUCGCACGCGCGGGACCCUGGGUUCAAUCCUUGGGACCACAUAAAAAAUAAGUGAGCGAAAUAAAGGUGUUGUGUCCAACUACAACUAUAAAAUAAAUAUUAAGGAAAAAAAAUAAAUUAGAACUUGAGUUAUAAUCCCAGUAGGUACCUGACAAAAGCAAGCAUAGACCACUGCAGAAAUCCACUCCCCAUCCAGGCUGCCUGGGCUUCCCAUAAAUAUAGUCCCCAAUAAAUUAUGAAAUAAUGACACAGUAAUUCUUUGUGAGUGAAAGUCAACCUAUUUUCUAAAACAAAAGACUUUAGACUCCUAGGGUUUCAGAUAAUUCAAUAACACGAUAGAUGCUUUGGAAGGUAUUUUUUAAACUAAAGACAUAAAGAUUUAAAAAUAUUAAGGAAGAAAUCAAUAUUGUUAAAAUGUCCCUGCUACUGAAAAUGAUCUGCAGAUUCAAUGUAAUCCCUAUCAAAAUACCAAUGACAUUAUUGACAAAACUAGAAACACAGUCCUAAGAUUCAUAUAGAGCCAGAUACCAUGGUGCUCAUCUGUAAUCUCAGUGACAGAAUGAAGAGACAACCUAUAGAAAAGAGAAGUAUUUUCAAACUAUACAAAGGAUUGCUAUCCAGAAGAUGUAAGCAACUCAGAAAACUUGAUAGCAAAGAAACAUAACCCAAUUGAAAAAUGGGCAGUACAUCUAAAUAGACCUUUCUUUAAUGGAAACAUACAGAUGGCCAACAGGUAUGAAAAACAGUUCAACAUCACUAAUCACAGGAAACAUGCAAAUCAAACCCUGAGAUAUCACCUCACUCCAGUAAGAAUGGCUGUUAUCUAAAAGAUAACAAGUGCUGGGGAGGAGGUAGAGAAAAUGGAAGCCUUCCAUGGUGUUGGGAAUGUGAAUUAGUUCAGCUAUUACGGAAAACAAUAUGGAGGUUUCUAAAAAAUGUAAAAUGAAUCUACUAUAGAGCAAUCAUCAUAUAGUUAACUUUUGUGUUUUGAGUUAACUUUUGUGAUCAAAACAAGCACAACUUAAAGGAGGAAAAGUUUAUUUGGGAAUCAUAGUUUCAGAAGUCUUAGCCUGUAGAUGGCCAACUCCAUUGUUUUGGGCUCAAAGUGAGGCAGGACAUCAGUGAGGAAGGGUUGAGUUUCAGAAAGCCACUUAGCUCUUGGUGGAGUUAGGAAGCUAAAGUGGGAGUGGGGGCACUGGAAAUCCUCCAGCCACACCUCACCUGGCUACAGUUGCCACCCCAUCAGUCCAUUCAGACUAGGAUGCACUGAUUAGGUUGCAGCUUCUCACAAUCCAAUUCCUUUCCCUCUGCAUACUCGUGCAUUAACAAGAGUGUUUUGGGGACACUUCACAUCCAAACUAUGACACCAUUCCCAAACCCAGUAUAUGGAAGAGAUAUCUUCUGCACUCUUGUGGGUUUUUGUUUGUUUGUGGUGCUGGGGAUUUAACCCAGGGCCCUGUGCAUGCCAGGCAAGCACACUGAGCUAUAUCCCCAGGUCUGUACUCCCGUGCUGAUUGCAGCACUAUUCACAAUAGUCAAGAAAUGGAAACAACCUAAGUGUCCAUCAUCUGAUACAUGGAUAAAGAAAAUGUACCACACACACACACACACACACACACACACACAGUGAAGUACUAUUUGGCUGCAAAACAGAAUGAAAUCCUGUAAUUUUUAAUAACAUGGGUACAACUGGAGGUCAUUAUGUUAAAGUGAAAUAAGGCAAAGAAAAACAAAUACCAUAUGACUUCAUUUGUAUGUAGAAUCUAAAAAAGUGGAUCUUAUACAUAUAGACUAGAAUGGUAACUAGUAGAUGCUGGGGACAGUGGAGGCAGUUGGAGAGAGGUGGAUUUGCAGGUAUUAUAGGGGAAAGAAGUUCCUGUGUCAUAUUACACAGCAGGGUGACUAAAGAUGAUAAUGUACCGUAUGUUUUUUGAAAGCUUGAAGAAAGGGUUUUGAAUGUUUUCACCAUAAAUGAUCAAUGUUUGAGGAGACAGCUAUUUCUACUCUUAUAUACAUUAUACAGUGUAUACAUCACAUGACACCUCAUUAAUAUGUAUAGUUUUUACUUAUUGGUUAAAAUGAGAUUUUAAAAUAAAGAGUUUAAUAUAAAUGCAUAUGUACAUACAGCAAAAUACCGUGGAGGGGGAAACCUAACCAGACAGAUUUGGAAAAGAACCAACUAGAACAUGUAGGAAUUAAAUAAUCAGUUGGAUUUUAAAAAACCGCUGAGUAAAUAAAUUUAAAACAGGUCUGAUGGAGGUAGAGAUAGAAUUAGCAAACUGACAAAUGGAUAUGAAGUAAUAAAGUAGCAAAGAAAAUAUUUGAGAAUUUAAGAGGUAAGUAGAGGAUUGGAUAAUAAGACUACAGAAAAGAGAAAAGGGAGAGGCAGUUUAAAAAUAAAAAGAACAACAACUAAACAGGCCCAGCAUACAGUGGUGUACACCUGUAAUCCCAGCAGCUCUGGAGGCUGAGGCAGAAGAAUCGCAAGUUCAAAGCCAGCCUCAGCAACUUAGUGAGGCCCUCAGUAACUCAGCAAGACUCUGUCUCAAAAUUAAAAAUAAAAAGAGCUGAGGAUGUGGCCCAAUGGUUAAAGUGCCCCUUGGGUUCAAUCUCUGGUAUCAACAUAAAUUUAAAAAACAGGCUAAAAUUGUCCAGAAGUAACUGUAUACAUUCAGUUUUAUAUUAUUUUCUCUGAUAUAUUUCUGCUAAUCUUAUCACCCAAUCUUUAUAGCUUUGUGAUUGCAUAUCAACCAAACUGAUGGCGAACUUUUCAUUUGGGGGAAAUAAAUCCUAUGAGGAAUCUAUAAGCAUAACAUCCUAUUAAUCUGAAGUUGUGAUUGAUUGGACCAUGAUGGAACAGAGUCAGAGGUGAAUGUGUUACCUGUGGUGGGGUUAGAGGGCAGCAGGUGUGGUGCUCAAGCUCUUGGUUAACCUUCAAUACCCAUGCUAUUAAACCUAGUUAGCUAACUCUUCUUUGGAGCUCACUUUGCUUUUAAGUGGGAGUCUCUGUGCACUCUGGCUGGUGGCAUCACUGUGAAGGUCGGUGAAGAGCAGGAGAUCUUAAAAUAUCUAAGGAGAAAAAUCAUCAUCAAAGUAAUGGCAGCAUGUGGCAGGAGCAAGGUGGUGUGUUCACUAAAUUAUUUUACAUCUUGUAGUGACAUACUAAACUGCAUUUCCCAGCUUCCCCAGCAGCACUCAGUGAUACCAUGGUGGCACCAUGUGAUUGAGUUCUAGCCACAGGCAUAGGAAGGAAAAAACUCCCACUUCCAGAUGUGAUGUUCUGCUUCAUUCCUUAUGUUCUCUUUUCCUGGAUACUUGUUGGAUGGAUAUCAACUUCCAGGAUGAUCUAGAAGCCAUAUGUUGAAAAUGCUAUAAUCUCUUUCAGCCAAGUUUUCUAGAAGGUAGUGUAGAGAAAAACCCCUCAUUUUUGGUCCACAAUGGACCGUGAUAGAUACAAAAAAGGAAUCGUUCUAUUAUAUCGCUGAGACUUAGGGGUUGUUUGUUAUAGCAGCUAAUAUAACUUACCCUAAUGUAUUGCUAAAAAAGAUGUUUAAAGAAUCAAGAAAAGAAAUGGACUUUGCAGAAACAGCAAGAGAUUUGGGAGAAUUUUAUCCCUUGGUUACCAUAAUGUGUCUGCUUUGCAACCUUUGUUUGGACAUGGGACUGUGUCGGAAAAUGAGUGAGCCUGUGGGUGUGUCUCUCUUCUCUAGGACCAGCUAAAUCCAACUGGCUAAAUCCAGACUUUGUGUGGUUGUAUCCUUCCUCUGUCAUGUACACAGGUCCAGGAUUUAUAAGACUUGCUUACUUAACACUAGAGAAGCACCCCCACCCGCCCUGCCACACAUGAUGAUGCUUAGAAACAUCACUAGAUCUUAGAUAAGAUCACCCACUGGCUGCCAUAUCGGAAAAUCACGACUGGCUAAAAAUAAAAAAGGAGUGGCUCUUCAGCUCGCCCUCAAAAAUUAAGGAAUUUAACUUCUCUGAAUUUUACACAUUGUGAGUGAAACAGAGGCACUGGAAAAAGUACUUUGUCAUUGAACUUAAUGUACCCUAUAAUUUGUCAAAUUGGUGUUAUUUGACUUGUUGCAAAUGGAAAUGCUUUUAUGCUAUGAUAGGAAUGUUAUUUGCAGUUCUUUUCUGUUACUGUGCAUAUUUAUUUUUAAAUAACUUUUGAAUAGGAAACAGUCACUUAAUUAAAAAAUAAAGACCCUUUUCCAAA